GUUCUCUCUUCUUUCCGCACUAUUGACCUGAAACUAUCGUUCGUCAGGAUGUUGUCUACUAUCAGCACAAUUUUCUUUUGGAUUGGCGUACUUGCUGUAGUGCCGUACCUUAUUUUGGUCUUUUACGGUGCUUACUGCUGUCCCGAACAAAAUUUGAAAAAGAAAUACAAUGCUCAAUGGGCUUUGGUCACUGGCGGUAGUUCAGGUAUUGGUGCCGCUAUUGUUCGUAAAUUGGCAGGCCAAGGUUUAAACGUUGUUAUUGCUGCACUUGAUGAUGCUACCUUCAAACAAUUCAAGGAAACCAUUGUCAAAGAAUUCCCUAAUGUUCAGUUCCGUUUUGUCGGUUGUGAUCUUUCUGAACCUACUGGUGAAACUUAUUUGAAUGCUAUCAAAGAAGCCACUCACGAUAUCGACGUGCAAAUUUUGUGUAAUAAUGCUGGUUAUAUUACAACAGGUGGCUACGCUGAUUUACCCAUGAAGCGCGAAUUAGCCAACUUUCACACGAACGUGACCUCAGGCUUGGUCUUGACACACCAUUUUGCUGAUUUGAUGCUGGAAAAAGGAUUGAAAGGCCUCAUCACUUUUACUUCUUCAAGUGCUGGUUUCAUUCCCAAUCCUAUGUCUGCUCUCUAUUCUUCAACUAAAGUGUUUUUAACUACAUUUGCUGCUUCCCUCGCCGCUGAACUUGCUGAGCCUAAAAUCGAUGUACUUGUGAUCCAUCCUUCACCCAUCAAUUCAAACUUUUACAGUAACGCCGGCAAAAUGUCUGCUUUGACAUCUGCUCAAAAGAUUUCCUCUCCACCAUCAGUUAUCGCCGAUACUAUUUGCCGUAACGCUGGUAAAGUUGUUGUCUCCGAUCAAGGACCUAUCACUGUCAUUAUGAAGAUCAUGAUGACGAAGGUGAUGGACUGGAACGUGUUCACUGAAAUCAUGAAGCUUGGUUUACGUUUCAAUGGUGAUUAUAAGGCCAUGAAGGUUCAACGUCCACUCAAAAAGGAGAACUAGAAAAAGAUAGAGUUUAUUAACUGAGAUGAGUAUAAAGAACAAAACAAGAACUUUUCAAAGUGAAAGAGUUAUAUAUUAUAUAAUGAAAG